CUCUGUCUUCUCAUUUCAUCUCCCCUGCUCAACCGGUUCUCCAAGCAAAAAGCUUGCUCUUUUGAGCUUUUGAUCAAGGAAAAAUGGUGAGGCAUUACAAAAUGAAAGGGCACAAGAAAAGGAAGAGAGAUAAGGUGCAAUAUGAUAAAGAAGAAAAUGGAGAAGAAGAAUAUGUAGAAAAAUCUGUCCCAGGAGAGGGAGGGGCAGAGGAAGAGGAAGAUGAGGAGAAUAUAAAUGAAAAGAAGAGAAGGGCUGAAGAAAUAGCAAAUGAACUUCCCAGUCUUCCAAUUGUCCUUGCUGAUGACCAGAAAAACGCCAACAAACCUGGGGUUAUUUUCAUUCUUGAAAAGGCUUCUCUGGAGGUUGCAAAAGUGGGAAAGAAUUAUCAACUUCUGAACUCAGACAAGCAUGCGAAUUUUCUGAGGAGAAAUGGACGGAAUCCAGCUGACUACCGGCCUGACAUUGCUCAUCAGGCAAUCCUGAUGAUUUUGGACAGUACACUUAAUAAAUCUGGUAGAAUGAAAGCUUUGUAUGUGAAGACUGAGAAAGGCGUGCUCUUUGAAAUUAAACCUCAUGUUCGUAUUCCGAGGACAUUUGAUCGUUUUUCUGGCAUCAUGUUGCAGCUGUUACAAAAACUGAGUAUAACUGCUGUUGGUAAGCGUGAAAAACUUCUGCAAGCUAUUCAGAACCCUGUAACCAAGUAUUUGCCCAUCAACUCUCGGAAAAUAGGCUUCUCACAUAGUUCGCAAAAAUUGGUUGAUAUGCAAGAUUAUGUUGCUGCUGUUGGUAAUGAGAUGAACCUUGUAUUCGUGGUUGGUGCGAUGGCCCAUGGAAAAAUUGAUGUUGAUUAUGUCGAGGACUUUAUCUCAAUUUCUGAUUAUCCGUUGAGCGCUGCAUUCUGUAUAUCUAGGAUCUGCAAUGCUGUGGAGCGGAACUGGAGAGUUUUGUGACCUUCUGCAGUUGCCUUUAUUUUUAGUAGACAUAACCACAUAUAUACCGUAGGCUUUUGUUAACAGACUAUUUAUGAAUAUCACUACAAUGUGAUGAUGGUAUGGAGUUUACUCCGUGCAAGAUGAAACUCCUUUUUUCCUAAUGCUUUUUACUCGGUUUGAAUACAAAAUAUUAUGUUGGUUCAGAAAAGGUUUUUGGAA